AUGGUCAACACUCGGUCCCAGAGCAUGGCCCCGAGCAUGGCCCCGAGCGAGGCCCCGAGCGAGGCUCCAAGUGAAGCCAGCACAGUGAGCCGGACAGCGGGCGAACUCCUAAAACUGCAAAUCAGCGACAAGAAGAAGGGGAAGAAGAACGGUACUGCAGGCAGUGCCGUUGCCGCCAGAAAUGCGGCACACCGGGCUGCUGCCAGCGACGGCGUCUCGACCCGGGCUCGGAGGGCGACGUCCAACACGCCGCUUUUUGCGCUGCCGAUGGACCCGGUGAGAAGACCGAGUACUGCUGCGUCGACUGCCAGUUCUACGAGCACGGUUCGUCCGACCGAGGGCGUCUCGACCAGGGCUUCGACGGCGAGAACCGGGGCACCACUUGCUAUGCUUCCGCCGGCCCCGCCAAGGAGAGCUUCCACUGCCAACAGACCAAGGCCGAUGUCCAUCAUGGAGGCUUACGAGAGACGGCAGAGCGAGAUUGCUGCCAAUGCGGCUGCUCAAGUGCAAGUCCCUCAGAGCAACCUUGCGACCCCUGCUGCGCAUGCGAUGUUGCGUAGGGCUGCUGCCAAUGGGCGGGUGAGCACUACGCCCGCGGCCUCCGGUGGUGCUUCGACUACAGCGGAUUCGCGCAGCCAUGGAGCUGGUAGUGUUGCUGCUGCAGGUGCUUCGGGCGCUGGUGGUGGAGCAGCUUCUGGUGGCUCCGCUCCGCCGCCACCUCCUCCUCCCCGGCCCUUGGGAGGCGGCUCUGGGCAUGGUGAUGAUAAUGAUGUGGUCAUGGGGGACGAUGACGAAGAGGUGGAGGAAGAGGAAGAGGCAGAAGAAGAGGGAGCGGGCGAGGGAGAGGAGCAAUCCGACCAACCGUUCGUUCGAGGGACCCGAUUGACUGCAGCUCAACUUGCCGGCCUGGCGCCUCGACCUCCCAUCACUUAUUGGGGAAGAGCCAUGCCUCUAAACAAGAACAGUCGUACGCUACCACAACAGGCGUACUCGCUACCAACAAAGGACCAGUUGGCGCGGAUUGUGGACAAUUUCUACAAGCACAUCCCCAGGAGCAAAAUGUCCUAUGACAGAUGCAACAAUUGCUGGCUCGGAUUCCGCGAGUGGCUUCAGCAGACGGGACUCUGGGAUGGACAGUCAGUGUGGCCGGAGACGCAGUAUGAUGAGCUGGUCCGGAUUUCGGGAAUAAAGGCCUCACGCGUCACCGCCAGAGGAGGCCGUAACUGCGAUCGGUGUGUGUCGGUGGGACGCACCAGGUGCGGCCUACAGCAAGACAAUGCGUGUGAGGUGUGCAUCAGGGCCGGGUGGCCCUGCACCUUCACGGAUACCGACGGCGCCACAACGUACCAGAAUGGAACAGGCAACCUGGAGAACAUGAGCGGCGGCUACCGGGUGACUCGGGGCUUUCCAGGACAGCAGCUGGCCACCAUCCAACUGCCCCAGCCUCUGGAUCCCUGGCUGCCCCCUACGGACCUGCCAGUCCAAGUGGGAAGUUAUAGACAUCACCGCGACCUUCAGGCAGCGCAGGGGCCCCGAAGAGCCCGACCCGCCCCUAAGGUUGCAGUGCCAGCCCAGCCACCCAGAUGGGCCGACGACGAGUACGGCUUCAGCGACCUAAGCGGCUCCGACGACUCGGGGAACCUGGAGAACGAGGCCGAGGAAUUCAGAGACGCCACGCCACUCGCCAACGGGAAACGGGCCAAGAACACCAGCCUUGACUUUUCCCUGCGCGCGACGACCGCGCUGCCGCCCGCCUUCUUCCCGGUUCUCUCCAGGAGGCAGAUGCACAGGAUCCUGGUCUGGUGGAGCCAGAACCACGCACAGGGGCUGAAGCAGUGGACCCGCCACCGAAGAAUGUUCUUUGCGUACGCGCAGUGGGCGUUUGCGAAUGGCUGGUAUGACCCCGCGACACAGCGGUUCGAGGUCCACUUCAACGUCCUGUACGCAACCAUGGGAGGGGGUCGUAGACAGAGAGUGAGCACGAAUUGCGAUCGAUGCAUUGCGCAUCACUCGGAGAUUAGGUGCCAAGGGGAUCAAGUCAACGCGUGUCUGCCAUGUAUCGCCGCCGAAGUCCCAUGUACGGUGACCAACUACCCGGCGAGGCACACCCUCUACCUCAACGGGGCGGGCCAUGUCCCCGCAGGCAGUCAGCUCAGAGUCACCCCGGCCGGCCAGAACAUCAGCUACGUCAACAUGCGAGUCCCCCGCGAGCUGAUCGUCGGCCUCUUCCCUCCCAACACAGCGAAAAAGUACCUCAAGGCCACCUCGGCACCGGCGCUUCCUCCUCUGGGAAACCAGCCCCAGUUGCCUGUUGCGCCACCUGGCCCUCCUCCCGGGGGUCCUCCCCCUGGUCCGCGUCCGAUUGCCCCCGCUGGUCCUCCUCCGGGCUAUAUGCCGGCCCAGCCCUGGCAGUCGGCGCUCCCACAGCAGCAGGAGCAGCAGGCACUCCAACCAACCCAGACGGAACAAGGGUACAUAUAUCCCCCAGUGCCAACAGACCAGGAGCCAUGGGAGCAGCAGAUGCCACCCCAGCAACAGGAGCUAGUGGCCGGCGUCGGCCAGGCAGGCCAAUCGGUCCAUGAGCAGGUGACUGCCUGGGGAGCGCAACAACUGCACUGGAGCAAUCUGUACAUGCAAUCCCAGCAAAGGCAGACGGCACUCAGAAUGACGCUUUUCGGGCUCGGCGUCAGCCCUGACGUUGGAUCCCUUAUGACCCCCCUACCGCCGGCCCUUCCACAAUUCGAUCCUGUCGCCAACGCCCAACGGCAGGCGCAACAGGAGCUGGCCAGGUUGCAACAGUCAGAGGCGGAAAACGUCCGCCUUCGGGCGGUGAUUGACGCCACUAGCAACGCCCAGCCGAGUUCUGUGAUGUCGCUGGACCCAGCGCUAGCUCAGCCGUCUCCUUUUGCGCAGCCGCCUCGUGCUCAGCAACCGUUUGUUCAGCAGCCCUUUGUCCAACAACCCUUUGCUCCACAGACCCCUCAGCAACAAACAGCAUUCCCACAAGGACAAGGAAACUGGCAAAUGACAGAGUUCCAACAGAGUUUCUACCAACCCCUCAACCAGCAGACCGCACAGGCAGCUCCGGCUCCAGCUCCCGUCAACCCAUUUGCCCCCAUGGGUCUUGAUGUUAGGCCCGGCCAACCACAGAGCUCUACCGGCAACCCGAACCAGAGAAACACAGCAAGGCCUCAGCGCCAGCCGAAUACACUCACUCUGGGAAACACUCGUCUGCAUGAACCAAUGCAUAGACGCGUGAUGGGUCAGCAGACUACCAGCCAGCCCGAACAGGGCAAUACCGGCGCGACACCCACGACCCAGGGGACUGCGGGCCAAGCCAUCACGAUUCAGGCACCGACAGGCCAAACUGUCGCGACGUCGACAAACACGCGCACCACAACCGCCCGCCCAAAGGCCUCCACCAGAAAGCCUCCUGCGUCACGGACCGCAACCGGGCGAGUCACGAAACCGAAGAAUAAGCUUCCCACCACCACGGUGCUACAGCAGCCGCCAGCGAGUGCCAUAAAUCACCCCUCAAUGAAGGAGCUAAAGAGGCGUCGAAAGGAACUGAAAGCAAUGAAGGCAUCGGGCGAGUUGGACGACGAGAAUAUACCGAUCCCUGUAGAUAUCACGUUGCUGUGGGGUAUCUAUGCGCCCACAGGCGAGGAGGUCACUAGCGGCAGUGAGGACGAGGGUGCCGACUCUGGUGCUGCGGUUGCCAGCGCUGUUGGAAGUGGAACUGGCAACGCUGAAGGGUUUUCCAACGUGGCGGCGCAAAACACUGGAUUCUCCACUGGGACCGAUAACGCCAACUACAACGCCGGGCAGCCCAGCAACAUGGGUUUCCAAAAUACCGGAGGUGAAUAUUACGACAAUUCCAACGUCUACAAUGCUGGAAGUAGCAAUAUGGGCGUCCAGAAUCCUGGCUUUGUCUCUGGCAACAACAACAACAAUACUACCUUCUACAACACGGGAGGACCUACAAACAUGGGCGCCCAGAACGCCCGAUUUGUCCCAGGCAAUGAUGCCAACAUGUACAACAGUGGUGGCUUUACCAACAUGGAUGUCCAGAAUCCUGGGUUCGUCGCCGGCACUGACAACACCAACGCCUACACCUCCACUCAACCCGCAACCAUGGACCCCCAGGACCUCCUAUACACAAAUACGGACGUCAACCCCCGCACCCACUACCGCCAAGACCAAUUCAAUGCUGGCGAAGAGAGUUUCAUGGACUUGCUCGGAGAUGAUGCAGCAGGUAUGUUCAGCUACGAUAACGACAUCAACUUUUAUGGAGGACAACAGCCUGACCAGGAUGAGGACUUUGAUAUGGGCGGCUAG